AUUAAACACAGUUUCAUUGGUUAAUCGUGAUCUGUUGCUUUCCUUUUUCUUUUCUUUUUUACCUUGAAGUUGCUGUUAUACAUGUGCAUAGGCUGUUUGUCUUUUCUUGUUUUUUGUGUGGGUGAUCAAAUUCUUGAAAAAAAGUAUUCUUUUUUAUUUCUUCUAUAGAAUUUUCUUGGACUGUUUGUUGUGUUGCUUCUUAUGUUUGUGGCAGAUUCUGUGUUUAUGUUUUCUGAGUACUGGAUCUUGUUUGAGAGCUGGGGUUUUAACUUCGAUUCUUUGAUCAAUUGAGCUGCUUUUUAGGGGAUGUGUUAGACUUCUAAGUUUGAUUAUUUUGCGUUCGAUAGGCUCUUGUGGUCCAGCCCUUCCAUGAACUGUGCAUAGCGGGAGCUUUAUUGUACCUUUGUUUUAGAAGUUGUUUUAGUUUGGUUCUUCCCCGAUCCUUUUCCUUUUUCCUUUGGAAAGUCUAUAGCAUGUUAAUGAGUAAAAGUUACUGUAAUAUUUAGUGAUUUUGAAUUGCAUAGCUCUAGGAGCUGUAAAAAGGGCAGCCCAGGGCAGCCCGGUGUACUGUGGUGAUGCUAUGCUUGGGGUCUCAGGAAGGGCCAGACAACGGGAAUCUAUUGUAUGCAGUCUUAUCCUGCAUUUCUGCAGCUUGAACUCAUUACUUCUUAGUCACGUGACAUCAGCUUUACCAGUUACUUUAUGGUAUGUAAGAGCAGAAGCUUUGAGUUGUAUGAAUACUAAUAGUAGCCCCUUGCCGUUCGAGUUUGGGUUCAACGUAAUUUGAGUGACACAUGAAAACUGUUCUAUUGUUCUGCAAUUGAAGGCCUGUUAAAAACGACAACUUUGUUUUUUGGGUUCAUCACAGAUUUCAUUGCACAGUCUCUUGAAAAUGAAUGUAAAGGAGGCCUUUAGUAAAGGAAAAAGUAAAGGUCCUGUUAGUAUAACAUCAGCUUUAGCUUCAGCAUUUCUAGAAUGGAUGCUCAUGAUUUUUCUGUUUAUGGAUGGUGCUUUCGCCUACUUAGUCACAAAGUUUGCCCAAUAUUGCGAAUUGCAAAUUCCUUGUUUGCUUUGCUCGAGGCUGGAUCAUGUUCUCGGCAAGGAAAGACCUGGAUUUUACUGGGAGCUCAUCUGCCCCAAUCAUAAGUUGAAGAUAUCUUCGUUAGUUCUUUGUCAUAAUCACAAUAAUCUUGUGGAUGUUCAUGGGAUGUGUGAGAGUUGUCUUUUCUCAUUUGCCACAGUAAAUAAGUCUAAUGCUGAAACCUACCGGUUGCUUGUUGGAAAACUGGGGGCAGAGCCUCACCUUGCUGAUGAGGCUCCUUUACUUGAGGAGAAAGCCAGGAAUUCCUCAGGAUUAAGAAAGUGUUAUUGUUGUAAAGAGGAAUUUGCUCCCAGAGGAUAUGCCCAAAAAUUGCUCAAGGUUACAACUUCGUGUGUUGAUGCUGUCGAACUUAAUGCUUCUUUGCCUGUGACUAAUGGACUAGAGAGGGGGGUCACAAAGGAGAUUGAAAACGAGGCCUCUACUUCAGUCUUGGUUCCUUUGUCUCAUUUGGAGUACAAAAAGUUUAAGGUCAGCGCUGAUUCUGGCUCAGAAGCUGUGCACUCGGAUAGUGAUAGUGCUAGGCCUCUAAUCCGUGCAAGGGACUGUUCGAUAGAUGAUCUAACUGAUAGAUGCUUGCAUCCGGAACCUCAGAUGUGUACAGUCACUGAUGACUUAACUGCCGAGAAACUAAUUCAUUCGGCUUCAGUGCCUGAGCCAUCACUUCCUGAUCCUGAAUUAGAUGUAGAGGCUAGAGUUUUUUCGUCUAUUGCGACCUCAUCUGCAGUUGUUGGGCGUGGAUCAGAGGAAAUUAACCGGCAGCAAGCUGGACAUAAGACUGAUGCAUCUGCCCCAGCCGAUGGUGAAGUCAACUUAUUGUCCAAUGUCAAAGAAAAUCUUGUUGAUGUAGCAAAAGAGACCUCUGCAGGUGAGGCUGUUAACCAAGCUGUCGAAGAUUGUGGCCAUGUAGCCAGCUCAGGAAGUGCAGGGAUUCCAAAGAGUGAAACAGAAUUGGAUUCUAAACCAGAGGCAGAUGAGAUUAGAUCACAAACUGAUGGUUCUUUUAACCUAGGCGAUGCUUAUAAGCUGGCUGUUGGCAAUAAAGGAAGGCAAUUAUCUGGUAAGUUUUUGGAGCAGAGGUCAUUCAAGGAAUCUGCAAAAAUGAGUGAAGAUCUAAAGGUCCUGCUUUCACAACUGUCUGCUGCUCGUGGUGUGGAUUCUACAUUGAGUGAGAUUAGCCCGAGGUUGUCCUUAAAUGGUGAGGAAAGUAGAACUACUGAAGCUGCUAUAUCUCUCGGUAUGCAGAUACUUCAUCAAAGGAUCUCGCUUGAGAGAAAUGAAUCUGGUUUAUCUCUGGAAGGAAGCUUAGUGAGUGAAAUUGAAGGUGAGAGUUUGUCUGAUCGUCUAAAACGGCAGGUGGAGUAUGAUAGAAAAUUAAUGUCUGCUCUCUAUAAAGAGUUGGAGGAAGAGAGAAAUGCAUCCUCAGUUGCUGCAAAUCAGGCAAUGGCAAUGAUUACACGAUUACAAGAGGAGAAGGCAGCACUACAUAUGGAAGCUUUGCAGUGCCUAAGAAUGAUGGAAGAACAGGCUGAAUAUGACAAUGAAGCACUGCAGAAUACAAAUGAUCUUCUAGUACAGAAAGAGAAAGAGAUCCAAGAUUUAGAUGCUGAACUUGAACUUUACAAGAAGAAACUGGGGAACAUGGCUCUCUUUGAGGAUGCACUUGAGGCAAGUUAUGGUUCAAAUAAAGCUAAGCAAGCCGAUUCCUUCUGCUGUGAUGGCAGUUCAACCGCUCCUGGUGAUGUUAAUGCUGAUAAACCCACUGGAAGAAAUGGAAAUGUUGAGGUGGUGUCAUCCUCUGGAAUGGAUAACAUAGAUAAUAGGAUCCCUUCGCUUAUUUGUGAAAGUGAAAGUGAAAGGGAGCAACUUGUGUUUUGGUUGAACAUUUUGGUUGAAAGGCUCCAUAUGCUCUCCCAGCAAGUUGCUAGUCGAGAAUUUGUUAAUGUUAAUUGCGAGUAUUCAUCAGAAGAUUGGGUUGAAGUGGGUAAUCCGAAAGAAUUGUUUCACGGGGAGUCUUCUAGAAAUCAUGGUGAAACAGUGGAGAAUGUUCACGUAAAGCCAAUGGAAGACACAAUCCGCUCUGGUAAAGAAGGUUCUACUUGCAAUUUUCCUGAAUCAAUGCAGAAAGGAAGGGUUGACGGAAAAUCUGGGCAGUGCACUAAUGGAGAUUCUGAGUUAGAGACUCUAAAAAAUGAGUUAUCAGUUUUGAGUGGCAGACUGAAAGCCCUUGGCAUAGAACAUAGCUUUCUUGAUCAUUCCAUCAACUCACUGAGGAAUGGAGAUGAGGGACAUCGAUUCGUUGAGGAGAUAGCUGCUCACUUGCGGCAGUUGCAUUUUGUAUUGGAUAGGUCAAGUGGUGAAGUUUCACAUAACUAGAGAUUAUAUAAGGUUGGCUCUUUCUCCAAUAGCAUGAAGUGUACAGUUUUUGGGUGAUGAACAUGGUUUCUCUCAUUAAUAGAAGGUUACAAGCAGCUAUUUAGCUGUCUGUGAUGUGUUUUUUUAGUGAUUUCUUGGUUUUUCAUCGUUCCUUUUUUCUACCUUUUUGAUUCAUUACUUCAUUGGUUUGACUGAAGAUUGCUUGUAAAGUUUGCUUGUAAAGUUGAGACUCAGAAGCCCUUAUAUUUGAUGUAAAGUUAUGCCGAGUGGCUUGGAACAUGAUUUUAAUGUAGUGGAUUAAUGAAAUUGUUUGUGGCAA